AUGGAACUGAAGAAGACCAGGGAUUGCAGAGGGGAUGCUGGAGAUGUUGUGGCCAUAAAAGUCAUCGAUAAGAAGAGAGCCAAGAAGGACACCUAUGUCACCAAAAAUCUGAGGCGAGAGGGGCAGAUCCAACAGAUGAUCCGCCACCCCAACAUCACACAGCUCCUGGAUAUCUUAGAAACGGAAAACAGCUACUACCUGGUGAUGGAGCUGUGUCCUGGUGGCAACCUAAUGCACAAAAUCUAUGAGAAGAAGCGGCUGGAGGAGUCAGAAGCCCGCAGAUACAUCCGGCAGCUCAUCUCUGCAGUUGAGCAUCUGCACAGGGCUGGCGUGGUCCACAGAGACUUGAAGAUAGAAAAUUUGCUGCUAGAUGAAGACAAUAAUAUCAAGCUGAUUGACUUUGGUUUGAGCAACUGUGCGGGUAUCCUCGGUUAUUCGGACCCCUUCAGCACCCAGUGUGGCAGUCCUGCUUAUGCCGCACCAGAACUUCUGGCCAGGAAGAAAUAUGGCCCCAAAAUUGAUGUCUGGUCCAUAGGUGUGAACAUGUACGCCAUGUUGACUGGGACCCUCCCUUUCACAGUGGAGCCUUUCAGCCUGAGGGCUCUGUACCAGAAGAUGGUGGAUAAAGAAAUGAACCCCCUCCCCACCCAGCUCUCCACAGGGGCCAUCAACUUCCUUCGCUCUCUCCUCGAACCAGACCCCGUGAAGAGGCCAAAUAUCCACCAGGCACUGGCCAAUCGCUGGCUGAAUGAGAAUUACACCGGCAAAGUGCCCUGUAAUGUCACCUAUCCCAACAGGAUUUCUCUGGAAGACCUGAGCCCCAGCGUGGUGCUGCACAUGACUGAGAAGCUGGGCUACAAGAACAGCGAUGUCAUCAACACGGUGCUGUCCAACCGCGCCUGCCACAUCCUCGCCAUCUACUUCCUCCUCAACAAGAAACUCCAGCGCUACUUGUCAGGGAAGUCUGAACUCCAGGACAACAUGUGCUACAAGACCCAGCUCUACCAGAUAGAGAAGUGCAGGCCCAUCAAGGAGGCUUACGAGGCCUCGCUGGAUACCUGGACAAGAGACUUUGAACUCCAUGCUGCUGUGCAGGACAAGAAGCCCAAAGAACAAGAAAAGAGAGGGGAUUUCCUUCAUCGACCUUUUUCCAAGAAGUUGGAUAAGAACCUGCCCUCCCACAAACAGCCCCCGGCCUCCCUCAUCACGCAGAUUCACAACACCAAAGCCCUGCUGAAGGACCGGAAGGCCUCCAAGUCUGCCUUCCCUGACAAAGAUUCCUUUGGCUGCCGCAAUCUUUUCCGGAAAACCUCUGAUUCCAGUUGUGUGGCGUCUUCUUCCAUGGAGUUCAUCCCCGUCCCACCUCCCAGGACCCCCAGGAUUGUAAAGAAAGCAGAGCCCCAGCAGCAAGGGCCCGGCAGUGCCGGCAUCCUCCCUAAGGAAGACCCCCUGAUGCUGGAUAUGGUGCGCUCCUUUGAGUCUGUCGAUCGUGACGACCACAUAGAACUGCUGUCUCCUUCUCACCACUACAGGAUUCUGAACUCCCCUGCGAGCUUGGCCCACAGGAAUGCCGGGGACAGGACACUCUCUCCGGCGCUCUUGUCUGGAAGUAUGUCACCUCUCCAGACCCCACUGCAUUCUACUCUCGUCUCCUUUGCUCACGAAGACAAGAGCGGCCCCCCCAAAGAGGAAGGCGUGUGUUCCCCACCUCCCGUGGCCAACCAUGGCCCCAUGCAGCCACUGGGGAGCCCCAAUUGUGUGAAGAGCCGGGGCAGGUUCCCGAUGAUGGGCAUUGGACAGAUGCUGAGGAAGCGACACCAGAGCCUGCAGCCCUCUGCAGAGAGGCCCCUGGAGGCCAGCAUGCCCCCGCUGCAGCCCACGGGCCCCAGCAGCCUUUCCUUCGACAUGGCUGAUGGGGUCAAGAGCCAAUGUUAACCUGAGCCAAUGAGAUUGUGAGACAGCAGCGGAACAGAGCGCUCCACACAUCUGAGAGGGCAUGAGCAGUCAGAGACCUCAUGGGAGCUUCCUUUAGAGCCUCAUCCCAAGUAUGGACCAGCUGAAAUCCACAGUCCCAACAUCUGUACCACAAGCCUUUCUUAAGGGACCCCGCCCCACCUACACACACACACACACACACACACACACAUUCCUGAAAGUCACUAGGAGGUCUGGGUGUGGGGGCAGCCACUUCCCAUCGGAGACUCCCUUUGCGCUUAUUCCUCACCCACCUUAUCCAUACCCAGCUGGGCUUAGGGUUGAAAGUCCCCCUGACUUCCUGGGUCCCUCGGAUCUUCAGACUACCCGAUCUCUCUUUCCUCUGUGCUAUGCAUGUGCCUCUUUGCGGACCACUCUUCAGCAGUCGGUCACGGAGGCCAACAAUACCCUAACUCAUUCAUCCUGGCCAGAAUUUCCUCUGCAGAAGGAAACGGUGUGGCCCUUCUUCCCUAACAGCAAAUCCCUGCAACCCAGCCAUGCAGGACCAGGAAGCCCAGAGGAAGAACCUUGGGCAAUGGUGGAACCAAAUGGAAAGGAUCUGAUGGAAGAAAAGACUGAAGGAAACACUUGUUCCCAAGCAGAGUUUUGACAGAUUUUUUUUUUGUCUUCUUUUGGUUGAAACUGGUUGGUAGCAGAAUGAUUUUAUCCAAAGAGUGUUUUUGUUUGUUUGUGUUCUUUCUGUGACGCUAUUAAAUUGAAUAACAUCAUUCUCUACACCCUAGAUGGAGAGAUUAAAAAGCACUUGCACUGAAUUCAUGUGUCCAUGAGAGGAACAGUGAAAAGGCUGGCUUGGGUGUUGUUUGUAGUGGUGUUGGACCAUAGUGUGCUGCCAGAAAGCCAGGUUCUCAGCCACCUUGUGUUCUUCUCAUUGCAUCAACAGAGAGCCUUGAUCCCUCCAGAAGGUGGAAAACACAGUUACAGGUGGUUCCUUUAAAAGAAAAAAACAAGAUGGUUGCAGCAGAAUCUGAGUGAAGGCUACAUUCCCUGUGUGCACCCCAACUUCCAGCUCCCCAGAAAUGAGUCUAAGGUGGAGUGCAGGUGGUGGCUUUGAGCGGUGAACUGGCUGGCCCUUCAGAGAACUCAUGUUCACGCACACCAAGCUCCUUCCUCAACGAAAGCUGUGUAUCCUGACUUCCGGUCCAUGUGGUGUUUCCACCCCUUUUGCCAAGGAUCGAACCAAAGAUGCGUCUCCAGUUGUGACUGUACCGUCCCCAUGUGUACGUUUUGUGGAUCCUAGUGUUAUCUGACUGUGUCCAGCUGGACAGCCCAGUGGAGGCCACCUCCCUGGCUUCUGGAAGCAGGUUCUCUGUUGUGAGCGGAAUUGCAAGAAGGGAAUGUGACUUGGCCCAGGUUGUGUAGUAGUUAAUUCAGGAGACAUAUUACAGAGCAGCCUGGAAUCUUAGACUUUUGCCUAGAGUAGAUGCAAGUGACCGCUGCUGUGAUCACUGCAGAGCAGUCAUCUGGUCCAUCAGUUCCAAUGUGGGCCAAGUCCCUUCAUAUUGUACAUAAGGCUAGCCUUCAUCUCGCUGGCAGCCAGAGAAGAGAGUGGGCGAUUCUGGCCUUUCUCAGUUACCAUUUGAGACUUUGUUAGACCCUUCAAAGCUGACUGGAUGAGGUGAGGAAAGGUCUUUGGGUGAUUCUGGCCGCCACUGAGAUAGCUCAGUCCCAGCUGACUUUGGGGCUUCUUGAUCCUUUUGGAGGGAUUGACCCCAGCCCUAAGAGCACACUAAGAAGAGGGCAGUCUCCUGCUAAUCCUCCUUUGUGUGACUUCAGUCUGGGCUCCAGAAUUUACCGUAGAAAAACAAGAGCUUUUGAAGAGUCAUCUGGUCAACCCUCUCUGCAUUGAAUAUGAAAAAAUGUUCAAUUUGGGGUGGGUGAAGAAUCUGUUUUUUGUAAAGAUAGCUUCCGACUGUUCUGCCCUGCAGGUUGGAAGGAUGUGUCCCCGUGCAUUGUGAGCGUCUCGUAGCGCCUGGCUUUUCCUUCCAGAUGUGGGUGGGUGGCUCUCUGUUGCUGUUAGCUCGUGGAGAACAUGGUCCCCUCUGUUUGCAAGCUUCUGGAACAGCUGCAGUAUGGUACCACUAGCUGACCCUGUUGCCACUGGUAACUUGAGACUCUAAAACUCAGGUGUGUUGUGAACCCGGUGCAAGGUGAAAGAGAGUGAGGGGGAGGGGAAAGAAACUGUGUUUUUGGUGUGUGUGUGUGUGAGCACCUGCCAGACAAAUCUAUGAAACUGAAUUGAGAGAAGAAAUGUUAAAAAGUCUUUAUUAUUUUAUUAUAUUUAUAUGGAAAACUUGACUAUUCCUUUGAUAAGUACAAAGUGUGUUGUCUGUCCGACCCGUGACUGUCCUGCAUCGGUCUGUGCCUGUGAUUUCAGUCAGCCUAUUGCUAACUGACAGAAAUGACCAAUCAUUCAUCGUGCUGAAGUCCAAGAGGAAAGAGUCCAUGUGAGUUGUAUGGUUCGGUCAUAAGUAAGGACGAUAUUUAUAUCACCAUUAUUCAAUGUAUGU